AUGCCAGAAGGGGUCAGAAUACGAUAUAAAAGACUGAAUCAAGUUUGCAGGAAAGCGUUGCAGCAAUCGGUUAACAAAAUCCAGAACUGGGAGAAAUUGUCAUCUUGCUUCCCUCAGUAUACAGCAACAGAUGCAGGCGCCAAGAAUUUGAGCACAUGCCAGCGUCAGGUAAUAGAGUUCUGGAUGGAACUGUCCAAGAGAGAGUUUGAAGAGAUCUUCAAAGAAAGGGAUAUUGAAAAUAAGUUGAAUGAUUUGGACGACUUGAUCUCUCAUUCAAAAGACGUGCAGAAAACCCUAAAUCAAGACCAUCCGGCAAUGGCUUGUAUCGAUGAGCUUUCGCCGGAGCAAUUGAUUAACGGCAACAUGCACGACUCGCGUGUAAGCUUACUUGGACAGCUGGAUGACAGGCUAGGCACGGUUGCAGAUAUGAACAAAGCGUUGGAGCUCGAACUUGAGCACCUAAGAUCCCAGAUUAGUAGUGAGACCAAGGAGUUGAACGAAAUUUACGAUAGAUCCAUGGGUCAAGAAUCCGACUCGAUGGACGAAGUAUUGCAACAGGGCUUGCGGGAUAUGUUGGUGGAGCUGCGAGAGGAGGAAAUAGAAUAA